AUGUCCUCCCUGGCGAUACCGGGGCACUGGGCCCGGGCCAGCGUCUUCCUGGCGGAGCUGCAGAGAGCGCAGCUGAGACCAACGGCGCCUUUGGUCACCGCGGUCCUGGCCUCCUUCCACUCGGCCUGGCCAAGAGGUCUUCGCCUUUUCUUGCAGCUGCGGGAAGUGACGCUAAGGCCCGAUGCCCCCUUGAUGAAUGCUGCAAUCGGCCUCUGCGCUGCUGGCCAGGCCUGGCAGUCGGCUUUGGGCUUCCUUCGUGGAAUGCUUGGUGCUGGGCCCAGGCCUACGGUGGAGUCCUUCAAUGCAGUGGCCAGUGCAUGUGCAGCCGCCUCCCACUGGAAG